AUAUAUAUACCCAAUCCACAGUCGUAUGACUUCACUUCAAAAUAUGGCUGCUACUAGUAAUAAUUAUUCUUCUUGUACAGUCAUUUCUGUAUUAGUAGGUUUUCUUUUGAUUUUCUUCAAUGGAAGCUCCUCAGCUCAGCUUUCUACAGGUUUUUAUUCUAAAAGUUGCCCAAAGCUUUUUGAAACAGUGAAACCUGUUGUUGCAGAUGCAAUUUCGAAAGAGCGAAGAAUGGGUGCUUCUCUCGUUCGCCUUUUCUUUCACGACUGCUUUGUCAAAGGUUGUGAUGGGUCUAUACUCCUAGAAGACACUGCUUCUUUCACUGGAGAGCAAACUGCAGGCCCAAAUAAUAAUUCUGUAAGAGGCUUUAAUGUUAUUAAUAAUAUAAAGGCUAAAGUGGAGAAAGUUUGCCCAGGCGUCGUCUCCUGUGCUGAUAUACUCGCCAUUGCUGCUCGCGACUCUACUGUUACUCUUGGAGGACCAAAUUGGGCUGUAAAGCUAGGAAGGAGGGACUCAAAAACAGCAAGCUUUUCUGCUGCAAAUAGUGGUGUUAUUCCUCCUCCUACUUCUACUCUUAGCAACCUCAUCAAUCGAUUUAAGGCUAAAGGUCUUUCUGCCAGGGACAUGGUUGCUUUGUCUGGAGCCCAUACAAUUGGACAGGCAAGGUGUGUGAUAUUCAGAAAUCGCAUAUACAACGAGACAAAUAUUGAUAGUUCAUUUGCUAGCACAAGACAAAGGAAUUGUCCAAGGGCUACAGGCUCAGGAGACAACAAUUUAGCACCUCUCGAUGUCCAAACUCCUAAUGCUUUUGACAACAAUUAUUUCAAGAACCUACUUAACCAAAAGGGUCUUCUCCAUUCUGAUCAAGUUCUCUUUAAUGGUGGAUCCACAGAUUCUUUGGUUAGAACAUAUAGCAAUAACCCAAAAACCUUCAAUUCAGACUUUGUUUCUGCAAUGAUCAAGAUGGGAGAUAUUGAUCCUCUAACUGGAUCUAGUGGUGAAAUUAGGAAGAAAUGUAAUAGGGUCAACUAGUUCAUAUAUUUUGCAAUUUGGAGAGUUAUUAUGUUUUGUUUAAGUGUGGAUAUUGUUAUGUUUAGUUUCCAAUAUUCAAUAAACAAGGGAUCAAACCAACAAGUGUCAUGAUUCGGCACUUUCUCUUUUAAGUGAAGUCAAAAAUUCGAUUCUAAUGAAUGAAGCAGAUACUAAGGGAUCAAGGUUCCAAAAGAUUUUGAUCA